UAAUUAAUCCCUCCCAGAAAUUAAACAAAAAAUGGGCAUGAAGAUGAGUGAUGCUAGGUUCUUGGUUGUUUUGAUGACUGUAUCUCUAGGAAUGGUGAUGUUAUCGCAGGAUGUCGUGGGAGACGACGCCGUUUAUGCCUGCUUGGGAGGGUGCUACAACAAGUGUUUUAUCCUCUCCAAACAACCUCCAUUUGAGACACUUGUGUGCUUUUUUAAGUGUUUUUUGACAGAUUGUGUCUCAAGUGGUCCUCCUCCUGCAAACUUUGUGGAUUCUUGUGGGGUUGGGUGUUCCAUGGAAUUUUGCCCCCUUCAAAGUCUAGAUGAAGCAACAUUGGGACAAUGCAUUGGAAGUUGUGGGGACAUGUGCGAGCUCUUGAAAUCACUUGGGACGACACAACAACAAACUUAGUAUUGUGGUUUAUGUAAUACAAAUUAAUACACAAAUAUGUGUUAAGGUUUUGCAAAUUGCAAAGAUGUAUGUGCUCAAAAUCUUGGUUUUGGAAAUAAAUCUUUUGUCUUUAAUUUUA